AUGGCAGUAAAUGCUGCUGAUGCGGAUGAUUGCCGAGCCAGAGAACUAGAUCUCCUAACUUCUGGCAACUUUUCCGACAUCAAAGCUGUCUGCGGCGAACGCGUGUGGAAAUGCCAUAGAGCGAUCCUGGCAAGCCGCUCGGUCUGGUUUCGCAAAGCUCUCUCCGGUCCCUUCCAGGAGGCCAGCAGCAGACGAGUCAACCUGGAAGAGAAGGACCCCAUCUUUGUCGACCUUGCGCUGAAGCACAUUUACGGUAAUGGUCUCGACGUGGAGUCUUCAAUCUCCCCGGAUCAUUUCAUGGGAGAAUGUGUGUCUCUCUGGCAGACUGCCGACUUCCUGUUGCUCAACUCGUUGAAGUCGUCCGUGGAGAAAGCUGUUCACAACUAUUGCGACAGGCGAAUGAAGCAGCUCUGCACAAGGCUCUUUCGGCCCAAGUGGGCGAACGAAAUCAAGGGAAAAUUGACCGCGUGGGCCAUUGACAUGAUCAUCGGCAUUCGGGGCGCUUACAGGUGGAACGUUGAGGGCUUGAAAGCAGUACUGGUGGAGUUCACAUGGGCUGGAAGGCGCUGCACCUUGGAUGCACGCAUAGUUUCGACCACCCUCGACCACCUCAAGGACACACCGGCCUUUGUGGCGGACCUCCUAGCAUUCUUUGCUUCUACCUCAUCGACGAAAAGUGCGGUUUGGGCCCCACACAGAAGCGGGAGGACCUGGACUGCCACAUGCCGAAGAUGCGGCACGGAGAUAUUCUGGGGAAAUAAUGAGCAAGCAGAGGGACAGAUCCUCGACCCUUUUGGCCUUGACGGCGGCCUUGGGUGGUGCCGGGACUGCGGGAAUCUGGACAUGACCCCGUGGCGGGAGGGGGGAGCCAACGACCACUGA